AGGUGAUCAAGAUUCAAGCCCCUGGGGCAGCGUGCGACAGAGAAAAGGAGAGUACUCCAAGCUACAUUCUCCGGGAUGGACGCUCUCUUCUCCUCCCCCACCUUCCUCCGCAUCUCCGCCGUUAGAACCGAAGACAAGCCUCCUCGCACCACUAUUCACCAACCUUAUAAACCAAAAACCAGCACCACUACUACAACCCAACCCAACUUGGAGAAGAGCAAGAGCCCGGGAAGCUCACCGCCUCCGACCAACCGGGCGCAGGCGCCGCCGCCGUCAAUCCCCGCGGCCCUAUGCAACGCCCUCGACGACCUGAUCAACAACUUCAUCGACCCGGCGGUCCACCGCCCCUCCGUCGAUCCCCGGCACGUCCUCUCCGGCAACUGGGACCCCGUCGGCGAGCUCUCCCCGACACCCUGCCCCGUAGUCCGAGGCCGCAUCCCCCGCUGCCUCGCCGGCGGGGCCUACAUCCGCAACGGGCCAAACCCCCAGCAUCUCCCGCGCGGGCCCCACCACCUCUUCGACGGCGACGGCAUGCUCCACUCCCUCCUCCUCUCCUCCACCUCGGCCACCGGCGAUGCCGUCCUCUGCUCGCGCUACGUCCACACCUACAAGUACCUGCUGGAGCGCGAGGCCGGUGAACCGGUCCUCCCGAGCGUCUUCGCCGGCUUCCACGGCGCCGGCGGGAUCGCCCGCGGCGCGGUGGCCGCCGCCCGUGUGCUGACGGGGCAGAUGAACCUCCUGGAGGGCGCGGGGCUGGCCAACACCAGCCUGGCCUUCCACGCCGGCCAACUCUACGCCCUGGGCGAGUCGGACCUCCCCUACGCAGUCCACCUGGACCCGUCCUCCGGGGAGAUCGCCACCCGGGGCCGGUGCGACUUCGAGGGGCGGCUCGUCAUGGGGAUGACCGCCCACCCCAAGAAGGACCCUGCCACCGGCGAGCUCUUCGCCUUCCGUUACGGGCCGGUGCCGCCCUUCGUCACCUACUUCCGCUUUGACCGGGCGGGGCGCAAGUUGGCGGACGUGCCCAUCUUCUCGGUGCGGGAGCCCUCCUUCCUCCACGACUUCGCGGUGACGGAGCGGCACGCGGUGUUCCCGGACGUCCAGAUCGUCAUGAAGCCCAUGGACAUGGUGCUGGGCGGCGGGGCGCCCGUGGGGUCGGACCGGGGGAAGGUGACCCGCCUCGGAGUGCUCCCCCGCUACGCCGCCUCGGAGGCCGAGAUGCGCUGGUUCGAGGUCCCCGGCCUGAACCCCAUCCACGCCGUCAACGCCUGGGAGGAGGACGGAGGCCGGACUCUGGUCCUGGUGGCCCCCAACGUGCUGUCGGUGGAGCACGCCCUCGACCGGAUGGACCUGGUCCACAGCUGCGUGGAGAUGGUGCGGGUCGACCUCGAGAGCGGCGCAGCGACGCGUACACCGCUCUCUGCCGAGAACCUGGACUUCGGGGUGAUCCACCCGGGCUAUGUGGGGAGGAAGAACCGGUACGCCUACCUCGGGGUGGGGGACCCCAUGCCCAAGAUUUCUGGAGUGGUCAAGCUGGACUUCCAGAAAGCCGGCCGGGGGGACUGCGUCGUCGCACGCCGGGAAUUCGGCCCCGGCUGCUUCGGCGGGGAGCCCUUCUUCGUCCCGGAGGGCGACGGGAAAGAGGAGGACGCGGGGUAUCUCGUGUCUUACGUGCACGACGAGGGGAGCGGGGAGUCGAGGUUCGUGGUGAUGGACGCGCGGUCGCCGGAGCUGGACGUGGUGGCGGAGGUGCUGCUGCCGAGCCGGGUGCCCUACGGCUUCCACGGCCUCUUUGUCACCCUGACGGACCUGCGAUCGCAGCGCCCCCGAUAGUAUUGAUCGCUUGCCCUGUAGCGCAUUGACGUGGCCGUCGCAUACAGUAAUGCAUGAAUAAUACAACUCAAUUGAAUAUGUAUAAAAUAUAUACAAAUAUCCAUAUCCAUAGUUUCAUACAUAUUUAAUGUUAUGAAAUUCCGCUUCUAUUUUUGGUAA